UGCGUGUUAUGGGGAGACAGAGUCAUCAUCCCAGAAAGGCUACAAAAUAAAGUCUUGAAACUACUGCAUGAUGGACACCCGGGCAUCGUACGAAUGAAGGCACUAGCAAGGAGCUACGCCUGGUGGCCAGGUAUGGACGGUCAAAUUGAAACCUGGGUAGUCACCUGUAACAAAUGCCAGGAAACAGAUUCAGCUCCACCAAAAGCACCACCAACGGAAUGGGAAACGCCCAGGGGCCCAUGGUCCCGCAUCCACAUCGAUUUUGCAGGACCUACCAAAGGACAUACCUUUUUAAUAAUAGUAGAUGCCUAUUCAAACUGGCUCGAGGUCCACAAAAUGAAGAACACCACCACAGAAGCAGUUGUUAAAAAAUUAAAUAGACUGUUUGCAACACACAGCUUACCAGAAGUCUUGGUUUCAGACAACGGCCCACAAUUUACCGCUUUGGCGUUCGAACAGUACCUAGCAGACCGAGGGAUACGCCAUGCCUUAAAUAUUACUCCAAACAGCACCACAAACAAAAGCCCAGCCGAACUCCUGAUGGGCAGGAGACUUAGAUCACAUCUCGACCAUCUGCACCCUGCCUACACGCCAGAAAAGCCCCUGGGUUCCAGCAGCAAAUGUCGCACAUUUAAGGUAGGUGACCCGGUAUUUGCAAAAAACUUUACCGGUGACCCAUUGUGGGUCCCUGCCAAAAUAACACAACGUACGGGCCCCCGUUCCUACCGACUAGAAACCACAGAUGGGAGGUUAUGGAAACGCCACAUCGACCAACUACACUCAAGGAUGACACCUACCCCCUUCACACACCCUGAACUCCAAACCAGGGGGGGAAGGGAAAUCAAGGGGGUUGAAAAUGAACUAACACCUGUUCCAGUACACGAAACUCCGCAUGGAAUGAGGAACUUUAUAAAGAAUUAUGAGACUUGUGGGAAUGUAGAUGGGGCAAUGAUUUUUGCUCCUUAUUUUGAGUGGCAAUAUGGAAGUGCCCAUCGCCAAUAUGGAAGUGCCCAUCGCCAACCUAAUAUAAGAUAA